AUGAGUUCCACGAUUCGGGCAGCGCAGACGACUCUCUCCGAGAACUUGGGAGGCAUUGCCCAAAAGGCAGCUCCGGCGGGGACAGAGUUCUCCCUGGAGGAUGUCCCUGAUCAAACGGACAAAGUGGCCGUGAUCACUGGAGGUAGCGAAGGUACAAGCGACCCUCAUGCGUUUCAACGAGCCAUAAGCUGAAGUCUACCUACAGGUAUCGGAUAUGGUGUUUCCCACACCCUCCUCUCCAAGAACAUCUCGAAACUCUUCAUUCUCAGCGUCUCCAAGGAAGUCGUCGACAGUGCCAAAGAUGCCGUCAAAGAAGAGCUGGGAGAAGACAAGGCCGCAAGGACGACAUGGAUCCAAUGCGAUCUGAGUGAUUGGAAGAGGGUGGUACAAGUCGCCAAGGAAAUCAGCGAUUCGACAGAUCGCCUGGACAUCUUGAUCAACAACGCCGCUCGAGGUAUCAUGUCUUUCCAGCUCACAGACUACGGAGUGGACAGACACAUGGCCGUCAGUCACAUGGGCCACGUUGUGCUCACCUCGCACCUCCUCCCUCUGCUGAAGCAAACCGCCCAAAGGGAGGAGUUUGUCCGCAUUGUCAACAUGGCCUCGAACGCCCACCAACAAGCACCAAAAGAGACCAAAUUCCAAAGCCUCUCCGAAAUAAAUCAAGACCACGGUCCCACCGCCAUCUACGGCAGGGCCAAACUCGCCGCAAUCCUCUACAGCAAAUACCUCUCCAGACACCUCCCCCCGAACAUUCUCGCGAACGCUACCCACCCCGGCGUCGUCAACACCAAAAUGUCCCUCGAAGACAUCCACGAACCGUACCCGCUAGCUGGGUAUUUGAUGAGCACGGCUCUCCGGCCUUUCAAGAAGAGCCAAUUCGAAGGAGCACUAUCGACUCUGUACGCUUCGACUGUGACGACGAGCUCUGGAGAGUAUAUCUGCCCACCCGCAGCGCCGGAAGCAGGUAGUGAGGCUGCGAAUAGUGACGAGCUAGGCGAGAAUCUGAUGAAGUUGACGCGAGAGGUCACCGUACAGAAGGGAGGCUUGGAGCCUUUCAAGGACUAUUGA